AUGGGUGGAAACAAGGAGUUAUUUGAUGUUGAGAAAAACGAUAAACUUGGCCGUUAUGCCGUAGCGAGUCAAGAUUUGAAAGCUGGAGAUGUGAUAUUUUCGGAAAAACCUUUUGCAUAUGGUCCUAAAUCAGAUAGCCCCUGCCUCUGUCUGGGCUGUUACAAUCCUGUGGACUGUACAAAACUAUGUUCUAAAUGUAGUUGGCCUGUCUGCAGUGAUGAUUGUGAGAAAUUACCUUGUCACAAAGACUUUGAAUGUGAUGUAUUCUCAAAAGCUGGCGUCAAGUUCCAACCUGUGGAAGACCCUACUGACGUCUGUUUACAAUACGAGUGCAUCACACCUUUGAGAUUUCUUCUAAUGAAAGAAAAAGAUCCCAAGCGGUGGGAGGCAGAAGUUCAACCCAUGGAAGCCCACAAUGAUAUCAGAAAAACCAAACCAAUCUGGGAGUUCAACCAACAUAAUGUAGUCGAAUAUCUAAGAGGUCCAUGCAAACUGGAUAGAUUUCCAGAAGACCUCAUUCACACUGUGUGUGGUAUCUUGGAGGUCAAUGCUUUUGAAGCUAGGACUCCUUCAGGAUAUCUGAUCAGGUGUUUGUUUCCUAAACUAGCUAUACUAUCACACAACUGUAUAUCAAACAUUCAUCAUGCUAUUGACUGUAAAGGCACCGGGGACUCUGAAGACUUUAGUGUGACAGUACGGGCGGCCAUUGACGUCAAAAAAGGAGCUCAACUUCACAGCAGUUACACAUAUUCACUAUGGCCUACACUUGUCAGAAGAGAGUUUUUGAAGGAAGGAAAAUAUUUUGAUUGUACUUGUGAGAGAUGUUCUGACAAAACAGAACUAGGUACGCACUGCGGUACACUGAAGUGCCAACGUUGUGACAAUGGGGUCAUUGUUUCUACCAAUCCUUUAGACGACACUUGUGAAUGGAAAUGUACCCACUGUGACUACAAGACCACGGCUGUUGCAGUCCGCAAAGUGUAUGCAGCAAUUCAAGCAGACUUGGAUCAGGUUGAAUACGUGGUUGGCCCCGAAGGUCUUCAACAAAGAGAAACUUUAUACAAGAAGUACAAAUCUGUAUUACAUCCAAAGAAUUCUUACAUAAACAUUUUGCGAAGCGCACUAGUGCAGUUGUAUGGCAAAGCUGAUGGAUAUUCUUUGGAAGAUCUACCAGAUAUCAUCCUGGAGAGGAAAGUUGAGCUUUGUACACAGUUGUUGGAAGUACUUGAUGUUAUUGAGCCAGGAAAGUCGAGAAUAAGAGGUAUGGUCUUGUAUGAGCUCCAUGGUCCACUGAUGGUCCUUGCCAGACACCAGUACCAAAAUGACGCGAUCAAAAAAGAACAGUUCAAAGAACAAUUAAGGAAAGCUAUAGAUGCUCUGGGAGAAGCCAAUGAAAUUCUGAAGCAAGAACCUGAAACUUUACCUGAAGGGCAGCUGUCCAAGAUUACAGAGCAGGCUUAUCAACAAUUGAAUGAGAACUUUGAUAUGCUUGUGGAAACUGCUUGUUGACCAACUUGCGAAUCCGACAGUAUUGUGCUUGAAAUCUGCUAGAUAGUAGAAUAAUGCCAAAGUUGUUCUAAUUAUCAUCUAAUUAACUACUAAAUGUAGUUAAGAUUAAUGUUUUUUUUUUUAUUUUGAAUAUAAUUAUAUGUGCUGAUAUUUUGUCGAAUACGUACAUAAUUCGUGUUAUAUUUAGCAAAUAAAGAAAAAAAAUGUAUGCAUAUUUUUUAUUCAACAGUCAUAAAAUGUAUGAUUUAAUUAACACCAAAUAAUACAAAGACCAGCUAUGUACGAUAAAUGCAGUCUAGUCGUCAAGUAAUAUAUGAUAUAAGCUUCAAAAUGAAUCACGAAACAAAACAAUAGCGCUAACACCCCGUAUAAAAUAAAGUAAUAUAUUUAUGAAAAUAAGAC